AGUGUCUGUAUGUAAGAAGCAAUGGCGACGGCUACUGAAGAUCUGCAUUGAAUCUGAGCGCUCCAGAGUGUAUGUCAUAACAGACAAAUGGACAGCCCUCUGGUAAACUCCGGAGUACCUCUCGCGACUCAGACCAUGAUUUCUCCUGUCACUCAAACCUCCAGUAACUCUUCUGGGAAACCUCGGGACAAACCGAAGACGCCCGCUUUCCUGUUUAACCUGGGCAAGGCUACCCUAAGAGGCAUCCGCAAGUGCCCUCAGUGCGGCGUUUACAACGGCACCCGCGGCCUCAGCUGCAAGAACAAAGCUUGCGGAACCGUCUUGAGGGAUGGACUUCAUGGGACGGGGCGUUUAAAGAAAGGGGCGUCUGAAGUGGUUCAGGUCGUGAUGGACGGUGGAGGAGGAAGAGCCGGGGGUGCUCAGGUGUUCUCGGUACGUCAACGGGGGCGUGGUUCUGAGCAGCGAGGCUUCGUGGAAUUAGUCCCCACAGACACAGCCAUCACUACGGCUGACGGGACCCUGGUGACCCGUGUCAACCUCGGGCGCUGUUACAUGCCCUCGUGCCAGCAGAACGAAAGCGAGUCGUUGGUUGAAAGCGGCCAGAAGGCACCCAAAAGUCCCUGCACCCACGUUAAGCAAGCGAUGGAGUGUCAGACUCAAGCCACACCGCUGCCGCUCAAGAGCUCUGUGCUCGAGGCCCUAGCGGCCACGUCCCAGGCUAAAGAGGAGUUGUGGAGGCUGGCGACAGAGACACCUGGACCUCUAGUGCAACGGGUCUCCAAAGGUACCCUGAUAGUGAAAUGCCAGCCGGAAGAUACCCAUCCUCUGGGACUGCUGCAUCUGACGGUGUGCUUAUCUGGAGCUAAAGAGAAGAUCGAGGGUUCAGUUCCCUUUCACUGUGCAUGUCACGUUCCCACUGGAAAAGGGGCAUUAGGGCCGAGGAGUUUGGGUCAGCCAAACCUCAAGGACAAAGACAAACAGCACAGUUUACCUGAACACUGCCUGCACUUCUUCGCUUGCGUCUGUGCCUUUACAAGUGAUGAGAAGCUAGCCUUUGAGUUUUCAGCUUUUCUGAACUACAACUUGAAUGGAGUGCAGGAUAGGACAGAUGCCACAGUGCUCAGUAUAUCUGAAUCAAAGCAGCACAUUGAGCCCUCCAUCUCUCAUCAUUCCAAGAGACUCAAACUCAUGGAGUCCUCAACUGCUUCCUCUGUCUCGUCUCCAUCUCCUCUGGCUGUCAGAGACCCUUCUGCACCCACUCUAAACCAACGCAAGCCCACUCACAAAAAGCACUCCAGUUCUGCCGGGCUUAAAAACCCAGCAGGAAGCAGCCAACCGGUGGAUGAGACUCAUGUGUCACUGGGUUUCCAGCAGUGGUUGGUCAGCGUCACUGAGAGGAUCCAUCAAACGAUGCACUUCCAGUUUGAUGGAAAGCCAGAGCCACUGGUCUUCCACAUCCCGCAAGGUUUCUUUAACGCCCUACAGCACCGUUUGUCACUGGGCUCAAAGAAGAGAAGACUGCCCAACUACACCACCACAUUUGUGCGCAGUGAUGCUUUGCCUCUUGGCUCUUUCUCUAAGUACACCUGGCACAUCACCAACUUGCUACAUGUGAAACGCAUCUUUGAUACACCAGAGUUACCCCUGGAACUCACUCAGAGUUUUGUGAAGAAUAGCGAUGGCUCCUAUUCACCAUACCUGUGUCGGGAUAACCCUUCUGAUUCUGGAUCAGAUGCCGGCAGUCAGUUAAGUUCUAACAAGCCUUUGCCCAUCAGACCACUGGAGCUCUGCACCUUUCUGAGAGUGGGUACAUGUUCUGCAGAGCACACGGACCCUGUGCCCUUUGUAAUCGAGUGGAUCCCGGACAUCCUUCCCCACUCUCAAGUGGGAGAACUGAGAAUCCGGUUCGAGUACGGCCAUCAGGUGGGCGGAAAACCUGAAGGCAGCAAGAGCUCUGGGAUGGAGAAAACAGUGACAGAUACCAGCCCAAACCAGUGAAGAUGAAUUUUUCCCUAGUUACAACAGAGAAUGCUCUCGUUUCAAAUUUAAUUUCAUAUAAGCAUUUUAUGCACUUAUUUGAUGAGUUUUAAUAUAAGCAGAGCAGUUGUAUUGAAAACUGUAACGAGCUACUCAGGUAAACCUUCAUUCUCAUUUUUCAGUGUAGUGAAAAAGAAGGUGUAUAUUGAACUGUUGUUUCUAAGGUUGUUAUCCAAAUUAUUCGGUUAGAAUCACUGUUUACAUGCGUUCAUGUAAAUAUACAACAAAAUAAUAAUAAUGUAAUAACACUUCGUAUAAUGCUGUAAAAUAAUAAUACGUUUCUAAUAGUAAGAUAAUAAGUUUUUGUAACUGUUAAGUUCACCAAAUUAACCAUGGACAUGUUUCUAUCCCCUAACAAGCAAAUAUUUUGUUACAGUACAUCUGUUAUUUUAUCAUUUAAAACUUAAUUAAUAUUUAAUAUAAAUAACCAAAUAUUUUGGUUAAAUUUUGCUUGUGCUGUCUUUCAAAUAAUUGCGUGUUAUUUAUCUGUUUAACUAAAGCAGUUGUAUAUUAUUCAUCUUUAGGUGUGCAAAUGUAAACUUUUUAUUUUGGAUGCUUACUGAAUACUACUUAAUGUUAAAUGUCAUGCAACAAUGUAUUAAACCUGCACAGUGUUUGAUAUAGUCACAAUGUAUGCUUAGAAUAAUAUAUUAUGAAGGUGUUAUGACUCGCGAUUCACAAUAAAAAGGAUUAUUUCAAUGA